ACCUACUUGGAAGCAAAUUUUCAGUCAUCUGCUGUCUCUCUGGUUUGUUGUCCCUCCUUGGCUCCACAAAUCUUAAUCAGAAAUGACUAGUGGUUCAGAGGAACAGGCGAUAAGUUGAUUUCAGUUGAGAAGAAAUGGGAGAAAUAUUGUGUGGAAAUUCUCAAGUCACCCCUGAUCUUUUCCCGGAAACACCCCUGGUGCCAUCCCUGCCCGCAAUAUCGUCGGCACGAGCCGGCCCCGCCUCUCAUAAGCCCCAGAGGCGCAGCAGCGGAAGUGACAGCGCUGCCAGGCCCCGCCCGUUGCGCUCAGCCCCCAGGCCAGGCCCCAAAAGAGGCAGCAUGGAGGUGGGCAUGCGCGUGGUGCGCGGCCUGGACUGGAAAUGGGGAAACCAGGACGAUGGUGAGGGCCAUGUGGGCACUGUGGUGGAGAUCGGGCGGCAGGGCAGCACUACCACACCAGACAAGACAGUGGUGGUGCAGUGGGACAGCGGCACACGGACCAACUACCGCACUGGCUACCAGGGUGCCUACGACCUGCUGCUUUAUGAUAACGCUCAAAUCGGCGUGCGUCACUCCAACAUCAUCUGUGACAGCUGCAAGAAGCAUGGCAUCAUGGGAAUGCGAUGGAAGUGCAAGGUGUGCUUCGACUACGACCUGUGCACCCAGUGUUACAUGAACAACAAACAUGACCUGAGCCACGCUUUCGAGCGCUAUGAGACAGCACACUCCCAGCCAGUAAGCUUGGCACCGAGGCAGAACCUUCCGCGGAUCAUCCUCAAAGGAAUCUUCCAGGGGGUUAAAGUUGUUCGUGGACCUGACUGGGACUGGGGCAACCAAGACGGCGGGGAGGGUAAGGUUGGGAAGGUAGUGGAUAUUCGUGGCUGGGACACAGAGUCUGGUCGCAGUGUGGCUAGUGUCACCUGGUCUAAUGGCACCACCAAUGUCUACCGAAUGGGCCACAAGGGCAAGGUAGACCUCAAGUACAUGUCUGAUGGCCAAGGAGGAUUCUAUUACAAAGACCACCUACCAAAGCUCGGAGAGCAUGCAGAGCUGCAGCGACAGGAGAGUGCUGACGGCCACUCGUUCCAGCAGGGCGACAAGGUCAAAUGUCUCUUGGAGGUGGACAUUCUGCGACAGAUGCAGGAGGGCCAUGGAGGGUGGAAUCCCAAAAUGGCAGAGUACAUUUGCCGGAUUGGGACUGUUCAUAGAAUCACUGACCGAGGAGAUGUCAGAGUCCAGUACAGCAACAACAUCCGCUGGACUUUCCAUCCUGGGGCACUCACCAAGGUGAACACUUUCGGAGUCGGUGAACUAGUAAGAGUUCUGGAGGACAUGGAGAGUGUUAAGAGACUACAGGCAGGCCAUGGAGAGUGGACAGACAGCAUGGCUCCUGUGCUUGGCCAGGUCGGGAAGGUAUUGAAAGUAUAUGCGGAUGGUGACCUACGGGUGGCGUUUGGAGGUCAGACAUGGACAUUCAAUCCAGCAUGCCUCUCGGCCCAGCCGGUGGAGGUGGACGCCAAUCUCAUGACGGCCGAGAACCCCAACGAAUCUGGAAGUACUGUCAUCUCAGUGUUAGAGAAGCUGCUGUCUCAGUCCACAGAGCAGGACAAUCCCAGCCGGUUGGUCAUUGAGGCAGCACAUGGCAGUGCCAGCAAAGUGCGGGAAUUGGUGCAGAAAUAUCCUGACAAGGUGGAUAUAAAGAACCAGGGCAAGACUGCACUGCAGGUCGCUUCUCACCAAGGCCACAUGGAGGUGGUGAAGGCCCUGCUGCAGGCCAACAGCUCCAUUGAGGUCAAGGAUGAAGAUGGAGACACAGCAUUACACUACACUGCCUUUGGUAAUCAGGCAGAGAUCGCACGGCUGCUGUUGAGCAAGGGGGCAAAUGUCAACCUCCUGAACAACUCCAUGUGCACAGCACUCCACAUCGCUGUCAACAAGGGCUUCACUGAUGUGGUGCGAGUACUGACUGAACAUUCGGCUGACGUCAAUCUCCAGGAUUCAUAUGGGGACACACCUCUCCACGACGCCAUUGCUAAAGAUUUCCGCAAUAUCAUUGAGAUUCUGGUUGUGGUACCCAACAUUGACUUCACUCAGCAGAACCACAGGGGCUUCAACCUGCUGCACCAUGCUGCCCUCAAAGGAAACAAAUUGGCCACAGAGAAGAUCCUGGCCCGAGCGCGGCAGCUGGUUGAUGUUAAGAAGGAGGACGGCUUCUCUGCGCUGCAUCUGGCCGCUCUCAACAACCACAGAGACGUUGCCGAGAUCCUCAUCAAGGAGGGACGCUGUGACAUCAACAUCCGCAACAAUCGCAACCAGACGCCGCUGCAGCUGGCGGUGACUCAGGGCCACACCGAACUGGUGCAGCUGCUGGUGGCCGAGGGCGCUGACGUCAACAUGGAGGACGAGGAUGGUGACACGGCCAUGCAUGUGGCCCUCCUCCGCCCGCAGCUGGCCAACGUUAUGCUCAGCCCCACCGUGGGAACCAGCAGCAGUGAGGAGAGCAGCGAGGGGUGUUCUUCCACAUCACUUUACUGCAGGCUGAGCACUUCAGGUCUCCUGGGGAAUACAGAGCUGAGUAUCGGGGCAGCAAUGGCUUGUUUUCUAGCACAGGAAGGGGCUGACAUCAACUAUGCCAACCACAAGGGCAAGAGUCCUCUAGACCUUGUGACAGAAAGCACAAUGCUGCAGCUCAUCAAAAGCUUCUCUGAAAAGCACAGGUUGCAGCGUCUGCAGGCCAUCACAUGUGGACAAGGCCUGAGCAGUGCCAGUCUGCGGCGGGUCCACACUACGCCCAACACCAUGACCAACCUGGUUCUUCCCACACCGCCGGGGCCCAGUGAAUGCCUCAUCUGCUCCGAGCUGGCUCUGCUGGUUCUCUUCUGCCCCUGCCAACACAGCGUGGCCUGUGAAGAGUGCGCCCAUCGAAUGAAGAAAUGCAUCAAAUGCCAAGUCACAAUCACCAAGAAAAUUAGACAAGACCAAACGGAGGUGGAUUGCAGUCCCGGCAAUGAGAACUCAGAGCAGCACAACCUGCUGGAGCAGCUGCAGUCCCGCUACCGCCAGAUGGAGGAGCGAAUCACCUGCCCCAUCUGCAUCGACAACCACAUCAAGCUGGUCUUCCAGUGUGGACACGCCUCCUGCAUCGACUGCAGCGCUGCCCUCAAGACCUGCCCCAUCUGCCGGCAGACCAUCCGGGAGAGGAUCCAGUUAUUCGUCUGAGCUUCUCAGCUCUCGACGACCCGAAAAGGAUGUCAGAGCCGGUUGGAGAGAAGUGAGGGUGGGGGUGGGAGGGGACAGCUGUUACUUUUGAAGACCCAGUGACCUGUUUCUGCCUGUCGCACCCUCCUGCUCAUCCCCACCACACGUAAUCAAAUGCUCACUCAUCCCAUGUUGCUUUACUAUAAAACGCUGUGUUACAUCGCUGAGAGUCCACUGUUUGUUACAUUUUGGUCGAUUUCUUCAACUUCAGUUUCAGAGAUCAGAACUUAUAUCCCGCCGAGCUCAGCGGGAAGCAGACAAGGUGAAUUUGCGAGGCAGUGCUGUCACUUUGAAUUCUCUGAUUGGUAAGCUGGAAGAAAAAGGUCCCCUACUACUUCUUUAUCACCUCCUGUAAUCUGUCCUAUCUUCGCUGCUUUAAGUGGAUGUCUGAUACCCAUCAUCCUCUCUGGCUGUCUGACCUCUUCUGUUUACAAGGCUGCACAGAUUCAGUCCCCAUGUUCUCGCCCCUUGGCCUGUCCUGUGAAUUAUGUUUGCUCUCAUUUGUAUCAAUCUCUUAAUAAUCAGUGUUAAUCUCUGCAGAGGGAGUUGGUAUAACUAAAGGCUCUCUUUAUAGUCCCCAACCACUCGCCUGUAUGCAAGGGGAAAUACACACUAUAUAUGCAUGAGUAUAUGCAUAUUGUGAAGCUGAAAAUGACUGUGUCGUCAUGGGUGAUUUGUCGUUGUUGUUGUUUUAUUUCUCUCUGGUUACAUUUGUGGUUUUUAAUGUACUGAUAAGUACAGAUUUUUAUUUAUGUUUGAGAGGUGGUAUUACUUAGUAAUGUACUUUUCUCAGUUGGUGUUUGCUUGGCAAAAAUGUUAUCGUUUCUACUGAAAUUCACCCCAAGCCUAUGUCCUCUACUCAGGGUAUCAAAUUAUUGAAAGCACUUGUGAUAUCCAUAAAUGGUUAAAGAACCCCCCACCCCCAAAAACACACACACACACACACACACACACACACACACACACGCACACACCAUCACAGAGUUACAGUGUAUCAGAUCAUCUUAGUGGAGGGUCACUGAAAUAAUAACCAAUAAUAAUCAUUAAUAACCAAUCAUAAAGCUGUGGAUAGUGACUCAAAGUUGCAUUAAGAAAACACUCAAUUCACAUUAUUAAACCUGAAACUUUUUUUCUCAUUAGUGAAAUGAAUGUUUGCAGAGGAGUUUCUGCAACGAAACUGACAUUUUACUCCAAAAAAUGUGAAAAAAAGUCCUUAAAACAUCCCAGAAGCACCGCUCAGCUAUAUUUCUGUGUUUGAUUUUGGACCGAAAGCAUCGUAUUGGUCUGCUUGUGUGUGUCUGAUGACCACAGUCUGUCUGUCAUCUGACUGGUGUAGAGACCCCGGUGAGCAGCGGGUUAACAGUUUAAAGGAGGAUACUCGUGUUUUGUUAUUUAUCCUUCAGAUGUCUUGUAAGAUAUAGAAUCAGAAGGGCAAAAACAUGACAUUGUUCUGUUUCAUCUCUAGUUCCUUGUCUACCUUCUUAGUUGAGUUAUGUCAGAAGAAACCCCUCUUUCUCCUCUGGAGUUUGGGAUUGUACAUCAUCUUCAUCCUUUCCAGUGUUUUGGUGUUUAUUCUUGAAGGGCUUAUGCAUAUGAGAAAAAAAUCGUAUCUAUUUUAAUCUUUAUUUAAUUUUAAUUUCUACAAUAAACUUCCAGAGACAGGAGGUUUUUUUGUCUUCAUUAGAUCCCAAAUUUUGGGAGAGCCAAUGUUAAAGAUGUACAUUUGAAUGUCGGGGAAAAAUGUAUCCUGUCUCACUCUGCCUUUUUUAUGUGUGAAGGAAAAAAAGAUGUAAGAGAAGGAGCUGGAGAGACUGGGAUGUGUGUACCACGAGGUUUACUUUGAGGAAAGAACUUUUACAUCAGUGCCAAAUCGCAUGAGGAUGUGCAUGGGCAUGCACGCCCGAAUUUAUCUAGACACACUAUGCUAAACCCCUCAAAGCUCAAGUGAGGGUUCAGUUAUUCCAGCAGUGUUAAGUAAACUAAAAGCAGACUUUAAAUGUUAAUGUUUUGUUUAGUUCAAAUCAGAAGUAUUAUCUCAGCACUGUCAGAUACAGUACUGGCAUUAGCAGUCGAGCUAAUGACAUUAGCCUCCUAACUUAAGCUGUAGUUCUUCGAACCUCCUCAUGUUGUCAGUGGCAAGUGAUGCUGCACUCACUUCCAAAAUAUUAUCAGUCCCAUAUUGUUUGGAGCUUUUUACAAGUAUAUAUAUUUAUAUUUUGUGAGACAUUAUCAAUCGCGCAACAAGUUUCUUAUAGAAAUUUCACCAUUUUAAGGAUUGUCCAUUGGUGUUCCAAGUUGAUGGAUUUACAGGCAAAGGCAAUAAUGUUUAAGAAAAGUGGGGAAGAUGUUUGAGUUCUUUUUUUCUCCCCCUUAAGGAGGAUGCUGCGAGGGCAGGAUACAAUUUAUGUAUAAACACACUAUUAAGCAGCAAAUGUUACUAUUGGUGUUUGUACCGUUCAGCUCUUGGAGUUCUGAUGUUGGCCUUACUGUCCAUUCCUCCUCUGUUGAUGUUUUUUCAGUUGUAUUCUGUACAAAAAUAUUUUGCAAUA